AUGAGCGUAAAAGGCAAAGCCACCUGUUUUGUCGCUCUCUUGACACUUGUGGCUCUGGGCAAACAAAUCUUGUCUCUUGUCCUCUCUCUACCCUCCAGUCUUUACACGACCCCCCGCACUCCGUCACUCCUCCAGGCUACACUCCCGGAGAACGCAUUCGGAGCUCUAGAAGCAAGAUUUGGUCAACCUACUCGUCCCAGAACGCACGCUCACGCAGAGGAUUAG